CAAAAGGAUAGAAAAUCUAAAAAGUCAACCUGGAAGUUUUGCCUUGACUUGACCCAUCCUGUGGAAGAUGGAAUUUUUGAUUCUGGGAAUUUUGAGCAGUUCCUAAAGGAGAAGGUUAAGGUCAAUGGAAAAACUGGAAACUUGGGCAACACCGUUCACAUUGAACGUCUGAAGAACAAGAUCACAGUGACAUCCGAGAAGCAAUUUUCUAAAAGGUACCUAAAAUACCUCACAAAGAAGUACCUCAAGAAGAACAAUCUGCGUGACUGGCUCCGUGUCGUUGCAUCUGACAAGGAGACGUACGAACUACGCUACUUCCAAAUCAGUCAAGAUGAAGAAGGAUCAGAGUCAGAGGAAUAACUGGAGUGUAGCUUUAUAAUCAAUACAGUGUACAAAAGACUAGAACAUCUAUUUAUAAGAACACUUAACUUAUUGGUGAAUAAAGAUUUUGUACUCUGUUUGACAGAG